UCUCUGGUCACUUAGCUAGCUGCAGCUAACCGAGUAAGCUAAUUAGCUAGCGUAAGUCUCCAGCUUGCAGCAUCAGCACCGGGAUACAUUCAAAGGGCUAACGGUCCUAAACGCCCAAGAAGUUAGAGCUCAGAAUGGCGAUGUACGUGAACUUUAACUCAGUUUUAGGGGUUUUAAGAUGAAUUCAGAGCCAACACCAUUGAAGGAAGUGAUGGGUGACAGCAAACUCAUCAGUUGUACUGCACAUAUGACAGCUGCUCAGGGGGAUCCGAUUUCUGGCCGCAGAUUUCUGCCUGCAGGUCCUGCCAUGGCAGCUGGCGUCAGCGUCGUGACCGACCUGCCUUACUCCCAGAGAGGAGAGACCAGCCUGGAGAUGGAGACAGCGAACAUGAGAGUCCCCACGGCCAAGUACACCAAGAUGGGGGAGACUCUGAGGCACGUUAUCCCAGGACACAUGCAGUGCUCCAUGGCCUGUGGAGGCAGAGCCUGCAAAUACGAGAACCCAUCCCGCUGGAGUGACGAGGAGCAAGCCAUCAAAGGACUCUACUCUUCCUGGGUUACCGACAGCUUGCUGGCAAUGGCGAGGCCUUCCACGGAAAUCAUCCAGAAGUACAACAUAAUCCAGCAGUUCCAGAGGAGUGGUCUGAAGACGGUCAUUAACCUGCAGCGACCCGGAGAACACGCCAGCUGUGGCAACGCCCUGGAGCAGGAGAGCGGUUUCACGUAUCGACCUGAAGCUUUUAUGGAAGCAGGAAUUUAUUACUACAACUUUGGGUGGAAAGACUACGGAGUGGCAUCCCUGACAACGAUUCUGGAUAUGGUGAAAGUCAUGUCGUUUGCUGUUCAGGAAGGAAAAAUGGCCGUCCACUGCCAUGCCGGUCUGGGAAGAACAGGCGUGUUGUUGGCAUGUUACCUGAUCUUUACAACCCGGAUGAACGCUGACCAAGCUAUCCUGUUUGUCCGAGCCAAGAGACCCAACUCCAUCCAGACCCGAGGCCAGCUGCUGUGUGUCCGGGAGUUUGCGCAGUUCCUGGUCCCUCUGCGCAGCGUUUUCUGGUGCGCCGAACCCAAAGCCAGCGCCGUCACCUUGUCCCAGUACCUGACCCGGCAGCGCCACCUGCUGCACGGCUACGAGGCUCGGCAGAUGAAGAACGUGCCAAAGAUCGUCCAGUUGGUGUGCCGCCUUCUGGUCCAAAUCGCAGCCAACAGACCAUUAGUGAUGGAGGAGCAGUGGCUGGAGAUCCCCGACCUCACGGCCGAGGUGGAGAAGACCGUGUCCCAGCAGGCCCUGCAGCAGCUUGGGAAGGAAAUGAGAGGAAAAGGGAUCCUGAUCCUUCCUUGUGCGUUGCCCACUCUGAGCCCCCCAGCAGUUCAUGCCAGAGCAUCUCGUGAUCAGCCUCUCGCCAGCGAUAACGAACUGGAUCCUCUGUGGAGGCAGCAGAAUCCAGAAAGCCCUCUCAGGUCGUCUCUUUCCAACAACAGGAGCCUCAGCGAUUCACUGCUUCACAAAUUUAGGAAUCAUGGGAGCAACGAAGCAAUCAGCAGCCUGAUCAAACCUUCCCUGUCCCACAGCAGCCUUGUAUCCUGGAAGCGCCACAGUUAUGCCCUCUCCCUGCUGGAUGUCUCGAGCAACAUUCAAGACCACCAAACGGGAGCAAAGCAAGACGCUGAGUUCCACGUUCUGCAUAAACAGCGUCAAAGUUUGACUUCAGAUGUUUCUGAGCGUGGAAGGAAAUUCCUCCGUGCUGCGUCGAGGAAACCGGUCGCCGGUGAGAACAAGAUGUCUGCAGAUGGAGGAGAUGCCCCUGACCUUCCUUCCAUCACCCUCCAAUCCGAGCUCUCCUCAGAGAGCAGACGCCUGCUGGUGGCCCGGGCUCUGGCCAUGGAUCUGACGGACGUGGAGCUCCCCUCCAAGGUCUCAGCAUGGCAGACUGAGCUGAACUCCAGAGAGGGAACGUGGGAGAAGCUGUGCUCGGAGAGGGAUCCUCUGGUCCUGUCCAACCUCAUGUGGUCGUGGUUGGAGCAGCUCAAAGAUCCGGUCAUCAGCAGCCAGGAUGUAAAGACCUUCUCUGAGAAGAACUUCAACCCACAAAAUGCCCUCAGCUCUCUGGAAAAGGGUCACCGCCUCACGCUGCUGUGCAUCCUUGACUGUGCCGCUCAUCUCUUGCCGUUGCCUGAAGGAGUGCUGACUGCUUUCCUAAACCAAACAAUCAGAGUGUUUACUAGGACUGAUCCGGCCUCAGACAAGACCGCCUCCAUGUACUCCACGCUGAAAGCAAUCAUCACUCCCAUCCUGUACAAGCUGCGCGACAAAGCAGUGGAGGAGACCGGAGACUCCUGAUCAGCCGAGACCAUCAGACCCCGUUCUGCUCACAGCUGCAAGCAUCCAAGGCCUCUUUGACACUGCAGAGAUCUGCCAAUCUGUUUUUAUUUGGAGCUUUGUGACACAAAUGUCUGUCAUUAAGUCUUAGUUUGGCUAAUUUUUCUGUCCCUGACACGACGUGCUGCCAUUGUUGGUUUUAACGUGCCACUUUACUCAGUUUAAACACGUCUGUUACAUGUUAGUCUGUAAUGUGUUUGAGGGAAUAGUUUUAACUCUUUGCUAGUAGCAAAAUAAACAAUAGUUUUUAUUUUAAUAUAAUGCUAUUUAAAGUGAGGGAAGUUAUUUAAACCAAAAGAUGUUUCUACCAUGUACAGAUGCUGCUGAAUGUCUUAUUUAUUCAAAGGUGUUUAAAUGAAACACAACACUCGGAUUAAUGACAAUGACCUGACAUGUUGUCAAGUUGCUUUGUUCCAGUAGGAUGUAAAGUGUUUUUUAUUUUUCUAUAUAUAGAUUCUGAUAUAAAACUGUGGUAAAAGCGUUUGCAAAUUCAACAGGCUACUUUCUUUCUUUUCUAAUCCGUUUCUACAACCUGAGGGACAUUCUACAAGUCUAACAAAUGGUGUCAAACGUUUGUGCAACGUGUACGAGUCCAGACUUGAAGCUCGGCUGAAACCAUCUGGACACAUUCAUGUUGCCUCCACGUUGCCUUACCUGAAACCGUGUGUGUGUGUCAUUGGGGGUGUUGGAUCAUUUGUCCCCCGCUCUGCCGUACAUCUGGUGUACUUCUACUGGCAUGAAUGUGGACCUGAUGUAAUAAUAACGUGAAGGACAUGAGAUGUUACACUGUGGACAACUUGAAACACAAGUUUUUGGGUUUUUUAUUUUUUUUUAUUUUUCAUUGUUUCAACCAGUUGCUUGUGACAGGAUUAAACACACUGACUGCAAA